AUGGGGUAUUUUAGCUUGUUCAUUUUAACUGUUGCCCUGACACACUGUGUGUAUGGAUUUAAUUUUUACCAAAAUUUGAAGUUUGCGCACAAGUUUGAAUCCAGUAAACAAGAUAGUGCGAAUGAUCGUUGGAUAGAACAACGACUAAAUAACUUCGAUAGUGCUAAUGUUCAUACUUGGAAACAGAGAUAUUUCGCAAACAACCAAUUCUCAACCCCCAACGGCCCCGUAUUUCUUAGCAUUGGGGGUGAAGGACCCGCUGGAUCUAUUUGGAUGACUAAAGGUCACUGGGUAACAAUGGCUAAACAAACCGGUGCAAUGCUGUUUAUGAUUGAACAUAGGUUUUAUGGAAAAAGUCACCCAACUCCUGAUGCCAGCUUGGAAAGUUUGAGUGUUUUAAGCAGUGAACAAGCUCUUGCUGAUAUUGCAAACUUUAUAACGAACAUCACUGCAGAGUACAAACUUGCUGGCAGAAAAUGGAUUGUUUUUGGAGGUUCUUAUUCUGGUUCAUUGGCAAUAUGGGCAAGGUACAAGUAUCCACAUUUAAUAUCUGGAGCAGUUUCAGCGAGCGCGCCUCUUCAUCCUAUUGUUAACUUUGAUGGUUACCAAGAAGUUGUACAAAGAUCAUUACAAACCCUCGGCAGCCCAAAGUGUGUCCAAAACUUAGCGAACGCAACAACAGAAAUCACAAGCCUCAUGAAAACUACUGCUGGUCGAAAAAUUUUAACUUCCGAGUUUAAUUUGUGCCACGCGCUGAGUGACGAUGUUUUAGAUAAUCAAUAUUUUCAAGAAUCUGUAGCCGGCAGCAUUCAAGAUGUUGUUCAGUAUAACAGGGAUAAUAUGCAUUUUGAAGGUCACGGUCCUGCUUUUAAUAUUUCCUACAUAUGUCAUAUACUGGAUGAUGUGAAUCUCGGUAGCCCAUUGAAGAGAUAUGCUGAAAUAAACAGACUGACUUUAAAGGAGUCAAAUGUUUCGUGUCUCGACUCAAGCUAUCAAAAAUUUGUUUCUGACACAAAAGCAACUUCUUGGGAUAAAGCGACCGGCAUGCGACAAUGGUUAUACCAAACAUGCACAGAAUUUGGUUGGUUUCAGAGUUCUGAUUCUACGCACCAACCAUUCAAAGGAUUUCCUUUGAAAUUUUCGAUCCAACAAUGCCAAGAUAUUUUUGGGAUACCUUCUGAAAUCAUUUACAAAGGUGUGCAGAGGUCAACGGAAAAUUACGGAGGUCUUUCCGUCGCUGGUCUAGUUACCAAUGUAACUUUAUAUAAUGGGUUAAUAGAUCCAUGGUCUGAUGUUUCAUAUAUGGCGGGAAAUUUGAAUUUAAAUCCAGAGAAUACUCUGUUGAGACCCAAACGAAAUGUUCUUUCUAUGUCCAAAUCACGAACCGAUGUGGGUAUAGUGAGUCUCAUAGUACCAAAUACUGCGCAUUGUGCUAUCAUGUAUCCAGCUUCUGAUAAAGACUCGAUUUACCUCAAAAAAGCGAGAUUAGACGUGGAAAAUGCGGUGAAAGAAUGGCUUGGCAUGUAA